GAGGAAACGGAAAAGCUCUCGCAUCCCCCCUCCCUGGUUCGGGCCCAAAAAAAAAAAAAAAAAAAAAGGAGGAGGCUUUUUUUGACAGCAGCUGCAGCAGCUGCAGCAGCAAAGAAGGGAAGACUGACCCCGACCCCCGACCGCCCCGUGGGUUUUUGCGAAGCAGCCUAGAGAGAGAAAGAGAGAUAGAGAGAGAGAGAGAGAGGGAACGCGGCGUUGAAGCGUGUUGCAGCCCCCACGGAGCUGAGGAGAAGGAGAGGAGAGAGAAAGAGGGGAGAGGAGAGUCUCUUGAGCUUCGCGACUGGGAGCGGAAAAUUCUAGAGAGAGAAAGAAGAGGGGGGGUUGGUUGGCGCGCUGAGCUAGGGUUUCGCCAUGCUUGUGAAGGUGUGAAGUGUAAUUAGUGGGGAAUUUGAUUGGAAACCGCCGGCUUUCGGAGUCAUUUGCGCUGAGCAGCUGGAUCACAGUGUCCGGGGAACUUUGAAACAUUCUUGCCAUCCAAAGAGUAAUGCAACUUUUUCUACUUGACAAAGUAUCAACAUGGCACAAGGAUCUAUGUAGGAUGAAGUACAGUAUUUAAGGCACCAUGACACUUGAAGAUUUUUUCACUCUGACUGAGAUGAGGGAUGGAUUGACUGUUCCCUCUCGUGUUGAGGAGCUGGUCAGUGUUAUGCAGAAAGAAAAGGAUUACGUUCUGAAGAAUGCUGGUGAUGCAAUUAGGCAGUGGGCUGCUGUUGCAAGUACCAUUGCUGCCACGGAGAGUAAAGAAUGUCUUGAUCUCUUUGUGCAGUUAGAUGGAGUAUCGUUCAUUGAUAGAUGGCUAAAGGAUGCUGAAAAGUUUGAAAAUGACUCUAGCGAUAGUCUUGUGGAGGAGUCAAUGACCGUGCUGCUACAUGCAAUUAAGAAGCUAGAUCUAGACACUGGGAGGUCAAUUUCUUCUGGAAUUUGGAUUACCAUCAAGAAUCUUCUUGGCCACCGUAGUGAAAAGGUUCAGGACAGCGCAAGAGCGCUUUUUGAGAGCUGGAAGCACAGUGAGGAUGGUGAUAAUCGUUGCCAGGAUAUUGGAAGUGCUAUGUCAUGUGACAAUGGGACUGAGGAAGUUGGGAAUCCUGUGAGAGAGAGUGGUCAGUCUGCAUGCUCUGAUGUAAAUGUUGCACUUUCCAAUGAAAGAGGUGAUGCAGAAGAUUUGGCUACAGAACCUGCUGGACAUGAAAACUUUCCAUCAAGAAGUCCUAACUGUCUCCAACGGCAAAAGGUCGAGGAUGACCAGAUUCAGACUCAUGUCAGUCAGCUAUCUCCACAGAAGAUAUCUAAAGAUGCAGAUGUGAAGGAUAGAUCUGUGGGUCCUUUGGCAUCUUCUCCCACAUCAGGCCCUAUACCUGAGACAAAUGAGGUUGUAAAAGAGUCCUCUACAUGCCCAGUUGAAGGGACACCCUCACUUGAAAUUUCUGGUCAUUCGGUUCCACAAGAAGAGAGUGGUGGGCGAAUCAGAAAACCUGAUACGGGCAGGUUGUAUGAAAUCGCAAAGCAGGAAGACAAGCUUAAUUUUUCUCAUGAAAAAUUGGUAAUGGCAGAAAAAUCUCCUUUCAAUGCAUUUGAACUUACUGCUGUUCCUUUAGAUCUUGAUACUGCAACUGCAAAUGCUCAAGUUGCUGGGUCCAAAGUUUCAGCAGGAGAUGAUAUCAAUAGCAACAGUUUCCGCGUUGGAAAGGCCGCUCUAGGUCCAAGGAGAACUGUGUCUGAAGUGAAGAAUGAAAAGGAUGACAAGGGGAUUUUAGGCCAAUGCAACACGGUGCUUAAGACAGUUGAAGAUAGUGGCUUGCAGCUCUGCUAAUUGCAGAAGUCAUCUGUUGUUGAAUGCAGCACAGGUAAACCAGAUGUGUUGGACAUUGCAUUUUUGAGGAGGGAAGACAGAGGAGCUGCUAAGGAAGAUGAGGAACAUUCAAGCGAUGAUGGUGAAAAUGUAGCAGCUGCUUCUAAUUCUUACAGGCUGGGAAUGGAAGUCAGGGGUCCUAGCGUGGCUGAACGGAAGAGGUCAAGAAUUGAGCUUGAAUAUGGCAUUGUUGAUGCGAUAGAAGUAGCUCGACAAGUUGCUCAGGAAGUGGAGAGAGAAAUGAACUUAGAGAGAGAUUCAGAAGUUGGAAUCCGGCAGCGUGGCAGCCCUGAGCCUAUCAAUGCGAAACAAGAUGUAUUGGCCAUUGUCCCGUCAGUUGAGAGGGCAAGAGAACAGAAUGACACUUCUGAUGCAUCUUCUGAGGGAGAAGGAAGUUUAAUAAAUCCAGAGAACAUGAAUACUGAACAGGAUGGUUCUAUGCAUGAAAUGGAGUCCUCUCAAGUAACAGAAGCAACGCAAGAACCGGAAGAUAAGAUGGAGAAAGGCAUGUGUGCCUUUGAUCUGAACCAAGAAGUUUCCUCAGAUGAUGUGGAUUGCACUGCAAAUGCAGUGUCUACGCCAGUCUCUGUUGUUUCUGCUUCGAAACCAGCAGCAAGCGCAGCUGGAUUACCUCCAGCUCCUUUGCAAUUUGAAGGAAGUCUUGGUUGGAAAAACUCUCCUAGGAGUGCAUUUCGUCCAGCAUCACCUCGCAGAAGUACUGUUGCCGAGAAAACUGUUCCCGGCGAGGAAUCCCAUGAUUCCAAGCAGAGGCAUACAUGUUUAGAUAUUGAUCUUAAUGUGGCAGAAGGUGGAGAUGACAAAGCUGCUGAUCUCAUGCCGGGGAUACAAAUCCCGGUCUCGUCAAGCCUUCGAUCUGGAGAAUCCUCAGUGGAGGUUAGUUCCAAGAGAUCAGAGAGGUUCAAACUAGAUUUGAAUCGCAUUGGUGAUGAUGGUGAACCAUCAAUAUCGGAUUUUAGGGGGGAGCGUCAGCUACUUAACCUUAGAAAUGGCCAACGCAGCCCGUCUCCUGCAUCAUCUUCAUCAACCAUGAGGAACUUUGAUUUGAAUGACAGGCCACUGUUUCACAAUGAUUUUUCUGACCAAGGUCCCUACGGUGGCAGAUCUUCCCAGAAUGUGACGAGUUAUGGGAAGCCCAAGUCAGAACCUGUUAUUUCUUUAUUUGGUGCAAAAGUGGAGGUCGACAAGAAAGAUCAUGUACCUCAGAGUUUGUCCCUACUAAAUGGCAAGGGUCUCGAGUCUGCAGCAGAUGCCGGCGUGCCAAGAGGAGCAGGCUUUUGGGAGAUGGGUCCCACAAUCUCUUAUCCACCUCCAUGGGCAUACAACGGGCUAAACACAGGCCCUGCUGUUUCUCUCUCUUCUACCAUGUAUCGGCCUGGGUACAUGGUGGACCCACGUGUGAACCCAUUUGUGCCUCAAGCCAUUGGAUCUGUUUCACCUGUUCUCUCCUCUUUCCCUCAGCCCCCGUUCAUGAUGACCUCUGCGCCCCUCGGUCUCAAUGGUCCUGGCCCUUCUCGGGCACAAUUUGACCCUUCUCGGGCACAAUUUGAUCUGAAUUCUGGAUUCACAAUUGAUGGAGUUAACCGUGAGCAGCCAGCUGUUUUAAGACAGUUUUUAGUGCCAGAUCAGGGUAGAUCAAUGGAAGAACAUCUGAGGGUUAGCUUGCAACCGUCUUCAAGUUCCGGGCUGGGCGGCAAGAGGAAGGAACCGGAGGGUGGAUGGGAAUCUUACCCGAUUGGUUUUCGGCAGCAGCAACCUCCAUGGAAAUAA